GAGGAGAUCAUGACGUCCAUCGACGUGGUCUUCGCACACUUUUCCCAGCCGGACGGAUUUCGGGCUGAACGCCUCGGGGAUGCCAUGCGCGUUCUCGGGAUGAACCCCACGGAAGAAGAGGUCCGCAAGCACUUGGAAGAUCUUGGAGGGCCCCAGUACAUUGACGAAAGGACGUUUCACCAUUUCAUCAAGGAUGAACUGAUAAAGCAUUUCGAGAAAGUUCAGGUAGUGGUUGACUAUUUGAAGCAAUAUGACAAGGACGGCAAAGGUGCCUUGUCCAGGGAAGAAUUGCAAGAAGCGAUGCGAGGAAGAGAGUGCCAGGAACUCCAGGCAAGUGUCGCAAAGGUGCCGAGCAACAGUCAAGGUCACCUGGACAUUGUGGAGCUGGCAAAGUGUUUCUUGGAGCUUAGCGACUUUCAGGCAGACAAAACCGGUUCUGAAAAAUGUCAACGAGGCAAGGACACCCAAGCUGCCGAGGACAGCGUGGCCUACUCCGCACUGCUCAACCAGAUUUUGGCCUCCACAGAUGCUGUGUUCAAAUACUUCUCCAAACCAUCUGGACUUCCGGCUGCACGUCUCGGGCAUGCCAUGGGUGUUCUUGGGAUGAACCUCACAGAAGAUCAGGUCGAGGAGCGUUUGACGUAUCUGGGUCGUCCGGAGUACAUCGACCACAAGAUGUUUCACAAUCUCAUUGAGGAAGAAUUGAGAAAGCCGAUUCCAAAAGUUCAGGAAUUGCUAGACUAUCUGAAGCAGUUUGAUAAGGACGGCAAAGGUGCCUUGUCCAAGGAGGAACUACAAGAAGUGAUGAGAGGCAGGAUCAGAUGUGGUUGGGAUUUGAACAUAUUACGACUGCUAGGAGGUCAGAGAGGAGUUCCCAUUUUAAGAGAGAUCAACACAGAGCUGAUGAAAUGUGGAGUGGUAGACACGCUGUGA